GCUCUCCGCAGGUGGCCGCGGGCCCGACUGUCGCGUCCAUGGGCCGAGGGGUGCGCGUGCUGCUGCUGCUCCUCUGCCUGCUGCCCUGGGCCGGGGGCGGCGCGGCCAGGAAGACCUGGCGCCGCCGCGGACAGCAGCCGCCGCCCCCGCCGCCGCCCGCACCGCAGACCGAGGCGGCGCCGGGGACCGGGCAGCCGGUGGAGAGCUUCCCGCUGGACUUCACGGCCGUAGAGGGCAACAUGGACAGCUUCAUGGCGCAGGUCAAGAGCCUGGCGCAGUCCCUGUACCCCUGCUCCGCGCAGCAGCUAAACGAGGACCUGCGCCUGCACCUCCUGCUCAACACGUCCGUAACCUGCAACGACGGAAGCCCGGCCGGCUAUUACCUGAAGGAGUCCAAGGGCAGUCGGCGCUGGCUCCUCUUCCUGGAAGGUGGCUGGUACUGCUUCGGCCGCGAGAGCUGUGACUCCAGGUACGACACCAUGCGGCGCCUCAUGAGCUCCAAAGACUGGCCGCGCACUCGCACAGGCACGGGGAUCCUGUCCUCACAGCCAGAGGAGAACCCCCACUGGUGGAACGCCAACAUGGUCUUCGUUCCUUACUGCUCCAGCGACGUGUGGAGUGGGGCUUCCCCCAAAUCCGAGAAGAACGGCUACGCCUUCCUGGGCGCGCUCAUCAUCCAGGAGGUGGUGCGGGAGCUGCUGGGCAGAGGGCUCGGCGGGGCCAAAGUGCUGCUGCUGGCCGGGAGCAGUGCUGGGGGCACCGGGGUGCUGCUGAACGUGGACCGCGUGGCCGAGCAGCUGGAGGCGCUGGGCUACCCGUCCAUCCAGGUGCGGGGCCUGGUCGACUCCGGCUGGUUCCUGGACAACAAGCAGUACCGCCGCACGAGCUGUGUGGACACCGUCACCUGCGCGCCCACGGAAGCCAUCCGCCGCGGCAUCAGGUACUGGAACGGGGUGGUCCCGGAGCGCUGCCGGCGCCAGUUCAAGGAGGGCGAGGAGUGGAACUGCUUCUUCGGCUACAAGAUCUACCCCACGCUGCGCUCCCCGGUGUUCGUGGUGCAGUGGCUGUUUGACGAGGCCCAGCUGACCGUGGACAACGUGCACCUGACGGGGCAGCCGGUGCAGGAGGGGCAGUGGCUCUACAUCCAGAACCUGGGCCGCGAGCUGCGCGAGACGCUCAGAGACGUGCCGGCCAGCUUUGCGCCCGCCUGCCUGUCCCAUGAGAUCAUCAUUCGGAGCCACUGGACCGAGGUCCAGGUGAAGGGGACCUCGCUGCCCCGGGCGCUGCACUGUUGGGACCGGAGCCUCCAGGAGAGCCACAAGGCCGGCAGAGCCCCUCUGAAGGGCUGCCCCACCCACCUGGUGGACAGCUGCCCCUGGCCGCACUGCAACCCCUCGUGCCCCACCAUCCGGGACCAGUUCACGGGGCAGGAGAUGAGCGUGGCCCAGUUCCUGAUGCACAUGGGCUUCGACGUGCAGGCCGUGGCCCAGCAGCAGGGACUGGAGCCCAGCAAGCUGCUGGGCAUGCUGAGCAGUGCCCGCUAGGGGCGCCCUGGGGCCGGCCACGCCCCGCCGGCGUCCGCCUGGGGGCCCACCUGGGGCGCCCUGGAGCCGGCCUCGCCCCCGCCGGCCCCCGCGUGGGAGCCCUCCCCACCGCAGCCCGGGCAUGCUGGGUGGUGCCAGCUAGGGGCGCCCUGG